UCCCCCUUAGAUCCUGCCGGCGCUGCGAAGCUUCUGCAUCUACGCCUCCGUGGGGAUGCUGUGCCUCUACGUCUUCCAGACCUCCUUCUUCGUCGCCUGGUUCACGCUGGACCAGCGGCGGAUCGAGGCGAACCGGGACGGGCUCCUCCCCUGCGUGAAGCACCGCGACUGGAAGCCCUGGGCCUGCAGCCAGCUCAGAUUCGGGCAGAUCAUCUUUCGGGAUUAUUUCUCCAAGUUCUUGCUCAAGACGCCGGUCAAGAUCGCGGUGAUCUUCCUGACGACGGUGAUCCUGGCUCUGAACAUCUGGGGGUUCAUCAACCUGCGUCAAGAAUUCGAUCGAACCUGGUUCCUCCCGACCUCGUCUUACCUCUACAAAUUUUUCGACCGAACCAAGGAAUUCUUCCCCGGUCAGGGGGAAAAAGGUUCCGUGUUCAUGGGUCAGCUGAAUUACGCGAUGGAAUUGGAAAACAUCGAUCGAUUGGCGAGGGGGUUGCGGGCGCAGAAGGAAUCGAUCCAGGAGGUUGUCGUCUGGACGGACGACUUCCUCCCGUGGAUGCAGAAACACUUUAACUUUUCGGCGUCGAGAGAUCGGGUGAGCGACGUCGAUUUCCGGAGCAAUCUGUCCUUGUUCCUGCACAGUCCGAAGGGGCUGAGAUAUCAGAGUCAUUUCAAGUUCGAUGGGGAACUCUCGUGUCGAGACCCGGUUCCGAAGAUCUUGACUUUCUGUGAACGAGGGAUCGUCUUGCAGGUGAGUCGGAUGGAUUACCAGCACUUUUGGAUGGGGGGUCCGGAGGAACACGUUCCGGCGAUGCAUCAGGUGAAGAACGUCGUUCGAGCGGCCAACAUCUCCUCCGGGGAUGGGAUGGUGAGAGCCUGGGCUCGGGCGUAUCUCAAUUGGGAGACCGACGACGUCAUCCAGACGGAAUUAUACCGGAAUCUUGCCUUUGGACUCCUCUGCGUCUUCUUCAUGACUCUUCUCCUCAUAGCCAACAUCCACACUUCCCUCAUGGUUUUCCUCUGCGUCCUGAUGACCAUGGUGAACAUGGCGGGUCUGAUGCACUGGUGGGGGUUGACGAUCGACACGGUGUCGUCGCUCAGCCUCAUUCUGGCCAUCGGGUUGUCGGUCGACUAUUCGGCGCACGUGGGUCACACUUUCAUGACGUGUCAGGGGACCAGGGAGGAGAGGGCGGAGAAGACUCUGGCCACCAUCGGACCGGCCGUCUUCCAUGGGGGAUUUUCCACCUUCCUCGCCUUCAUUCUUCUCUGUCGAACGGAUUCUCACGUCUUCUCCACCUUCUUCAAGAUCUUCUUCGGAGUCGUGAUCUUCGGGUUGUACCACGGCCUGUGCUUCCUACCCGUGAUCCUCAGCCUCGUCGGACCCAGUCCUUACGGCAUCGCGCACAAAAAGCACUUGACCAAGACGCCUCCCGAUCAAAACGGACAAACCAUCCUCUCCGACAAAAAACAGGUGAGAGACAAGGAACCUCGGAAAACCGACGUCUUCGACGGACAGAGGAAGGACCGUUGUUUAUGGGCCCAGGUGAGCAAGUUGGGAAAGCACAAGAACCGACACGGCCUGCCGUCGAAUCGGAAGCAAGGCGAAGCGGAGGAGAACGGGGACGGAGGCCCCAACUCCCUGCCUCUCAACAGCCUGGCUUACCCGGACGUGGUAGUAACGAUUCCAUCGGAGAGGUGUCGCGGGAGUCGCCCUGCGUCGUUCAGCGAGAAGCAGCCGGGGGCAGCACCCUACAUCCCACCCCCGGACUACACGCCACCUAGUCGGCGCAACUCUAGUCAUCGACCGUCCCGUCAAGAUUCCUAUUGGCUGAACAGGUAG